AUGUUGCAGCACUUGCGACAUAUUUCCAUUCCUCUGGUGUCCGGACACGGAAACUUCAUAAAGUGGCAACUGAAAACAAACUCAAGGUUUCCUCAGUAUUUCGAAGUACGUUGGUCUCAGUACACAAGCCAACUUCUGCGCUCGAUUCUUACAAGCAUCAGGGCUAUAUUAAUGUAUCUGAAGACAAGUCCAGAUGCAGAUGGUUAUCAGUUAAAGAACUUGUUGAAAAAAGACAGAUUGCAUCUGAGCUGUUUUCUGAUGGGUAUUGUCAUGUUAUACUCAAGAUUCCAAAUGAAGCUUCAAAGCGACAGCGUUUUAGUUUUUGAUCUUGUUAAAAAGAGAGACAAGUUUCUUGCAAGGCUAGCCACAGCUAAGGAGAAGCCUGUUAUAGGUGGCUGGGAGGAAUUGUUUCUUUCUACAAUUGAAGUAAUCCGUAAUUACGAAUCCGAAAUUAAAACGAAGGUGAAGAAUCUGAAAACGAGUGGGAAUUUCACGGGAUAA